UCUUUCCUAACCCAACAGCGUUCAAAAAAUAAUUUAUUUCUUAUCGGAAAUUUCAUUCUGCCCAAAAAAUGAGCUUUGAUUUAUUUGUGAUUAAUGUGAGAGCAGGAGACACUACAAAAAAGUGACCAAAGAAAUGGUAAAUAGAAAGACCUCACCCCUAUAAUAACUCACUGUUUUUCGUGGUUACGUAGGGGUGACUUCUGCACAUUUAAGACAGGGAUUUUGGUUGUAGAGGAGGGAAUUUUUGAUAAAAAAUAUUCUGUGAUUUUCUCUUAAAACCCCUCGUUUUUAGAAAAGUCCUAUAUUGUGUGGACUCCAUUUUGGAAUUCUUGGAACGUUUGGAACUUCGAGAUGAUCUAAUACUGACAAUGCAACUGGUUUUGGGGUUCUAUGUUUGUGGGGAAGGGGGGAGCUCCAGGGGUCCAAAAGGCUCGAGGCAUUGUUAGUAGUGGGAGAAACUUGGGAGAGGAAAGAAGUUUGGGAAACUAUUUUUGAUGAUAUUUUUUACCAGAAGUUGUGUGCUCUUUUGAUCGAAUUUCCAACGUUUUUCAGUCUAAUCAUCUGUAAAAUGUAUUCAAGUUGUUUUUAACUUUCUCAAACGUCUGUGCAAUCAAAGUUCAAUUGCGUAUUGAGUGGCAAUAAGUUCUUUACCUGAUAAAAUGUAGAAUGUAAACCUAUUGUAGAAGAAAAGGUUUCACAUUCUCUUAUUAAGCUUUAGACACCUAUUAGUUUUGUGAAAAAUAAAAAAAAAGUAACGAAAUGUUAGAUCAACCACUUUGGAAAAUUUUUUGUUUUUGGUUCAUUUAAAAAUUAUCCAGAAACGAUUGAUUGUAGAGAAAAAAGAUAAACGUGAUUUUUGAUGGAGGAGACACAGUUAUGAAAAACCCAAUUUUUACUGGUUUUCCUCUGAAUUAAGGAAUAAAUCUGUCGAGAAUCUGUUGGUCUCGAGCCACGAAGUAUUGAGCUCGAUCAACUCUUCCUCCAUGGGCAGUGUUUCAUCAUCAAAAUCCCAUAACGAUCAUGGAAAUGAGGACGACAGUCGUCACGAUAACAUCGGUCGAGGCCACAAUGAUCACGAGAAAAAUCAUGGGGCGAGUCCCAAUGCAUCGCCCCAGCCCAGUCCCAAGAACACGAAGAGCAAGAAAUUCCCUUGGAAAAGUCAAGGCUCGAGCAGUGGAAAGUCGGGGAGCAAUGACCCCACUGAUAGUUCGACGAAGACUGACGAUCAGUCCACGGAGACUGCGAAGGGUUCGUCCGAUUCUACCGAGCACAGUCGCCCUGUUAACGAGGUCCGCAAGAGCGAGCGUUCAAAGAAAAAGUCAUCCUGGUAUAAUGUCCUCUAUCCCACGUACAAAUCUCGAUCUGAGGACUUUAAGAGGAUCUUCAAGGAUGUUCCAGACGAUGAACGUCUCGUAGUAGAUUAUUCCUGUGCCUUACAAAGAGAAAUAUUGGUUCAUGGCCGCUUAUAUGUCUCUCAAAACUACGUUUGCUUCUAUGCUAAUAUAUUCACGUGGGAGACAAUCGUUUCUCUCAGGUGGAAAGACGUUGCCUCAAUUACCAAAGAAAAGACAGCUCUCGUUAUACCAAAUGCAAUAUCAAUAUGUACAGAAACCGAUAAAUUCUUCUUGACUACGUUUGGCGCCAGGGAUAAGAGCUAUAUGAUGUUGUUUAAAAUUUGGCAGAACGCGUUGAUUGGUCAGCCCAUGAGCAAUACUGAGAUGUGGCAGCUAGUCCAUACUUGUUACGGAGAGGAAUUGGGCCUGACAUCCGACGAUGAGGAUUAUAUAUCUCCUUCUGCACAGGAAGAGGAGAAAAUUCCGUCGAGAUUAUCAAUAGAGUCGCUCUCAGAGCCUGAUCCACCGACCCCCGAUCAGCCGACCUCUCCCUCCGUACCCACGACUUCUCCAUCCUUUCCGCCUACUUCCACCGCUGACCUGAAUCCAGAGGCAACAGAUCAGAGUGACACGACCGAGAGCGACGCAGAAAAGCAAAACCUUCGUCUCGGUCUUUGUUCCCCUUCGGUCUGCACCUCGCCCCACGAGGGUCGAACAAUAAUAAACACAGCCCUUCCUAUCCACAUUGACCAGCUAUUCACUCUUCUCUUUACAACCUCCAAGUUCUUCCUCGACUUCCACAGAGCCCGAAAAACCACUGAUCUCAUUCAGUCCGAGUGGACCCAACACUCCGAAACCAACAAGAAGAUGAGAACAGUCUCUCUGACAGUCUCACUGACUCAGCCAGUUGGUCCCAGAAAGUCUCAGGUCACUGAGACUCAGAUUAUGCUGCCCUGCAGUCGUCCAGGUCACCGUUACUGCAUUGACGUGGAGACAAACAACGCAGGGAUACCCUAUGCGGACUCCUUCAGUGUUUUCAACCAUUUCUGCAUUGCAUACAUGUCGGAAUGCGAAACAAGUCUUCAGAUAUUUUCCGAAAUUAAAUUCAAGAAGCACGUGUGGGCGGUGAUGAGAGGAUUAAUCGAAAAGAACUGCUGGGCAGGAUUGGAUGAGUACUUCACCAGUCUCGUGAAGGCAUUGAGUGUCAACUGCGAGGAAGCUUCAGCUGGUAGUGGAAUAAAGAGGAAAACGAAACGGAGACGACGAGCUGUACCUGGUAAUAAUGUCCUUCAAGCACAUCCACCAGAUCUUUUGCCCCUCAAUCUGACAUCUGCAGCUACGGAAUUACCAUUAAAUUCUGGGAUAAUCAAGCCGCGAGAGGAGCCUAUCUCCAUCAUCAACUGGAUUCUACUGAUUGCUGUUCUGUGUUUGAUGAUUAUUAAUGGCCUGCUUUACUAUAAAUUGUGGGGCCUUGAGGAUGCCGCUGCUUACACUGUGAUGGAUCUUCAUGUGUUGAGGAAUACUCCCAAGACCGAAGAGGACUGGGUUCACCUUCUUCAGCAGCAAGAGAGCCUGCAUAAUGUGGAGAUGCGUCGCUGGCAGAGGAUUCUACAGACUGCAGCGCAAUUACUGAAGCAGACUGAGGAGUCACUUACAGAAUUGCAGAAGAGCAUGCAUCCCAUGGCGACUGACAAGAUUUUCUCGGUGCUCAAACCGAGUUUGAAGGGGUUGUACGGUGGCGAGGGAGCCCAGAGACAGCGCGACGAGGUCUGAGGGGCUGGGGGUAGUAUUUGAAGUGGUGGGGAUCAGAGCAUUUGGAGAGGGCGAGGUGUAAGGCAAAAUUUUAAGAAGCAUUUCCUGGGGGAGAAAUCGGAAAAGUCUCUUGAGGCUUGAAGUAUUACAAGAAAUGACUGGUCUGCAUAUUUUCUUAGGGAUGGAUCGAAUAUGUGAGGGUCAAAGGAUUCUUAAGGAUAUUUGGAUUUGCAGCUAAUAGUGUGGAGGGUCAACUGGCCCAAAUUGGUCCUCAACCAAAGACAAGAAUGUUUUUGGAAAUUUACUCAGCAGUCGUUUCUUCUAAUAUUUUUCUAAUUUUAAGUGGACAGUGCAGCAAUUUGGUAAAUCAUUACAGAUCUUUUCGAGAAAUGCACUAGAGGUCUACGAGUAAAUUGCACUCCACCACUUCACCGAGUGACUUGUAAUUAUUUGUAAUUAUUUAACGAAUUAAUUAAUUCUAAGUAUUAUUAUUCUUUUUCUAUCAAUUUUACCUCGUUUAGGGUACAGCUAUUCAGUGAUGGAUGAAGUUAAUUGCGUUUAUUUUGAUUCAGGAUACAAUCACUGAUGAUAUUUUUUGUAAGUUGAAAUAUUUUGUUUUGAUAAAUUUACAUUCUACGAUUUCAUUAGGUAGCUUCAAUGAAAACCAUCGGUAGUAGGUUACUGCAGAAUUAUCUUCAGGAAAAAAUGGUGAAUUAUUCUUUGCUUUAUUGGUAGGAAAAAACUGUAGUGAAAUGGUAAAGAUGAAUGUCUAAAUUCAAUGCAUUCCCAGGGCGUGUUUCAAAUUGAAAAUUAAAGACGUUUCCGCCCGAAACUACUAGAUGUCUAAAUAUUUAAGAAAUAAUCGGUGAAGAUACGAACCAUUACAAACCAGAAGGCAUUUUUUUCGAUUAUACUUCUAAAAGAAUGAGGUUUCAAGGAACAUGAUUGGCUAUUUCUUUUUAAUAAUUUAUGUUUUUAUAAAAAAUAACUUGUGGCAUUUGCUUUCAAAGCCUUUAGAUCCGAAAACAUCGCAAAAUAAGAUAUCUAGGAUAGAAAAAAAUUAACAUGCAUAUCCAAAAUGCAUUUUAGGAAUUUUUGGUUAAUAUGUGUGACAAAAAUAAUCAUUAAAAUUGAGAAAAAAUAUCAAUUUUUUCUAUAGAGAAUUGAAUUUUCAUGAGAAAGUCUUGAUAUGUUCUCGUAAACCAAGUAGAUUCUAAAAAAUUACAACAUAAAUGAUAAAAAUUGAAUGAAACAUUAAACUUGAGGAUUAAAAAAUGUUCCCCUUUUAUAUUUACAUUUUUAUUUACAUUUUUGCCGGCAUUUAGUUUCCUACAAAAGUAUUCCUCAGCCUUUUCCCCUUUACCAUUUCCCUAUGAGCUGAAAAAAAAUUUCAAAAAUAAACGAAAAAGUUGUGAAAUAUAUGUAAAUUAGUUAUGGAUCAUGUAAAUCCGCACAAUUCUCGAGGAGGAAUGAAUUCACAGUAGAAAACAUGAUGCAGCAUUGCCGACAAAAAUAAAUAUAUUUGGGUUGAAAAAUAA